CAUUUUUUCAAACAUUCCGUAUCAGUCUUCCACAAUAGCUCUGGAAAUUCACCAUCAGCACAACGACGAUACCUCGCAAACCGAUUCACACCAACGGUAAUAGAAACAAGCUGACUCAGAAAAAAAUACUUUAACAUAUUUCUAAGUACAUAAUAUAGUACUGGAACGUGAAAAAUCAUCAAAAUGUCGAGUUUCUCGGUGUUGUUGAUUGCUUUGUGCGUAUGGCCCGCACUGCUCCAGUGGACGCCUGUCGGUGCCGCGAACAUCCUGGCGGUGCAGUCAAUCGCGGGAAAGAGCCACUGGAACGUGAUGCGGGCCGUGUUACGGGCGUUGACUGACCGCGGCCACACCGUAACCGUGUUCACGCCGUUUAUGGACGGCGACCGUCCUGGUUACACGGAGGUGGACGUAUCUGAGAAAGCUCUAAUGUUACUUGCCAAGGACACGACGUUCCUAAUCGAAAAUUUCGGCACAAUGCGGAAAACUAUCCCUAACAUGGUAAACUUCACACGGAUGAGUUGUAACAUGAUUUACGGAGACCAAAGGAUGGUGGACAUCUUGGACGGAGCGACGGCGCGGAAAUUCGACAUGUUCAUCACAGAACCGGUGGUGUCCGAGUGCGUGGCGUAUGCGGCCAACUUGCUCGGUGUACCCAUGGUGUACGUCAUCCCGUUUCCGAUUGUGACGUUCCUAGAACGCCCGUUGACCGGCCAUUCCCCGAAUCCAGCGUCAACAGGACACAUGUUGUCUAGCCGCGGCACACCCAAAACAUUCAACGAGCGUUUCAUCAACGCUGUGUUGACCGUCUACUGUUCAGCGCUGAAGUGGUACAUUGAACGGCAGUUCCGGCUUGCCGACCAUCAACCGUACGACUCUGUGGACCUAGUCAAACCAUCGUUGAUUUUCUCCAACACGCAUUUCAUCAUCGAACCUGCUCGGUCGCUGACACCGGACGUCGUCCAAAUCGGAGGUAUACACCUCGAGGCGCCCAAACCGAUACCGAAGGAUAUUUUAGAAUUCAUUGAUGACGCGCCUCACGGUGUGAUUUGCUUCUCGUUCGGAUCUAUGGUUUUGAUGUCGUCGUUACCGGAAAAUAUUCAGAGCGCGUUCCGAAAGGCGCUCGCUAGGGUUCCCCAAAAAGUGUUGUGGAAAUACGAAGGUGAAAUGAAAGACAAACCAAAGAAUGUGAUGACGAGGAAAUGGAUUCCACAACGCGAUAUACUUUUGCAUCCCAAAGUGAAACUUUUUAUCAGUCACGGAGGAAUACUCGGGGUGUACGAAGCCGUGGACGCCGGUGUGCCGGUACUGGGUUUUCCCAUUUACAACGACCAACCGAGAAAUAUUGACAAUCUGGUCGACGCCGGGAUGGCGAUAUCUAUGAACCUGUUAUCCGUCACCGAAGAUACGUUUUUAAACGCCGUCUUGGAGAUUAUCAACGAGAAGAGGUACCAGAAAAACGCAAAAAUCGCUUCCGAACGGUUCAAAGACCGACCCAUGUCAUCAGCGGACUUGGUUGUGUACUGGACUGAGUACGUUUUACGUCAUAACGGAGCACCAAAUUUAAAAUCUCACGCUAUGAAUUUGGCGUGGUACCAAUAUUUUUUGAUUGAUGUAAUUAUCACAUUAUUAUUCAUAGCGUUUGUAAUUUUGUUCAUAAUUUAUUAUGUCCUAAAAAUGAUUUGUAAACACAUUAAAAAAUAUUUCUAUAAUCUCAAAGCAAAACGUGAAUAAAUUAAAAUUACACAAAUAAUAAAUAUUUUACUUGUUCGAAAUCAUACUACUACAUACAUUAUAAGUUAUAACCAUUGUGUUUUACACGUACUACUAAGGCUCUAUAUAUAAUGGGUAUGCUAUGCCACCAUUUUGCGACUCAUUUAUCAAUGAUAAAAUAAAGGGGGAGAAAUUCAUAUUCACAUAAGAUUAUUAGUCGCAAAAUGGCGGCGUAGCAUACCUGUAUGUAUAGUGCCCGAUUUGGGG